AUGCCCAAAGCAUGCGGGCGCUUCACCGCCACCUCCGCAGCUGCUGUCAUUGACGCCGAUGGACAAACUGCCGGAGCACUUCCUCUUGGAUACGGCCCCGUCCCGGAUCCUCCGUCCCCGACGCUGGCAGCAGCGGAAACCGGCGGCUACGCCAUCAUCCCCGACCUGAACAUGGCCAUCAAGGUUGAAGACGUCGAGGUGGAAGGUGAGGGCUCAUCGACGACGGCACCACCUCCUCCAUCACCGGCUACACCACCUCCUCCAGCGCCGCCUCUACCUCCCACGCCACUGCCGGAAGCCAUAGCCAUGGAGCAGCACCGCGCAACCCUCCAGGGCGCGUGGUCGCUGGACGCCCUCGGCCUCACCAGCGCCCCCGGGGCGAGCAGCAGUGGAGGAGGCCAUGGUGCAGCGUGGGGCCCACCCCGCCUCCUUUGA